AUGGGCAGCAAACCAAGGGGAAUUCUCGAGAGACUUGACGCAGGAGAAGUCGUGAUCGGUGAUGGCGGAUUCCUCUAUGCUCUUGAAAGGCGAGGCUAUGUAACAGCUGGUCCAUACACACCUGAAUGUACAGUAGAGCAUCCUGAGGCAGUGCGACAACUUCACAGAGAAUUCCUUAGGGCUGGAGCAGACGUCAUGCAAGCGUUUACAUUUAAUGGAACACAAGAAUCCAUCGUCAGCCGCGGAGUGAGGAUUAAGGCUGACGACAUCAACCAAGCUGCGUGUAGGAUCGCGCGUGAAGUCGCCAACGAGGGUGACGCCCUGAUGGCGGGAGGAGUGUCUUACACCCAGAGCUAUCGAGAAGGGCGUGGUAAGCAUGCAGUUCAGGAGGAGUACUUGAAACAAGUUGAAGUACUUAUCAAGAAUGAUGUAGAUUUUCUUAUUGGUGAGUAUCUGAUGAACAUUGAUGAAGCUGAAUGGGCGACAGAAACUUUGAAAUCUACCGGCAAACCUGUCGCCGUUACAAUGCCCAUUAGCCCCCAGGGGGACGUUCUAGGGAAAGUUAACCCUGGGGAAGCAGCUGUCAGGCUUGCUAAAAUGGGCGCUGAUAUUAUUGGCGUAAACUGUCUUUUUGAUCCGGACAGCUGCUUGCAAACUGUGCAAAUGAUGAAAGAUGCUUUGAACGCCUCAGGAAUGCUUCGUCCGCUUAUGGUCCAGCCUGUAGCUUAUAAAACCACGGAUGCUGACAGAAGAGGAAUUCUCUCGUUACCAGAGAAUCCUUUCGCAAUGGAAAGUCGUGCGAUGACGAGAUGGGACAUGCAGAAGUACGCACGCGCAGCUUACGACAUAGGCAUUCGUUAUAUUGGUGGAUGCUGUGGUUUUGAGCCAUAUCACAUCCGGGCGCUUGCAGAAGAGCUGUCAAAUGAACGAGGAAAGCUUCCACCAGCAAGUUCGAAGCACGGAUUUUGGGGAGAAGCGUUAAAGUAUUCUUCCAGUGCCUCCCAUAAAAUUGGAAGGCAAUACUGGGAAAAUCUUAAACCAGCCUCGGGACGACCUGACUGCCCGGCAAUGUCCGGACCUUUAUCCAACAAUCAGAGGGUUUGACUGAAAUUUUGUUUGACACCUGCCUAGAACAAGGACUACCUGUGGGGCGCCUUGAUUGAUGGAGAAUGUGAUUGAAAAUUUUAGAAAUAAUAGAUAAUUAAGACUCAACUCUUUGGUUAGCUGUUAUCUGUGGUGAUAUACCCAGCAGUCCCUCUCCAAUUUUUAGGCAACAAAGAAGACCAUAUUACUCUGGAAUAAUAAGCUUUAAUUUAUUUACAAUCCGCCUAUCUUAAGAACCAAUCGUUGGAAAAUUAUUUAAAAAUUAAUAAUGACCAUCAACGACGCGAAAGAAAAAAGGAAUAACAAAAUUGAGUGUAAAUGUAUUUUAAUUUGACGACGAAAAUAAAAAUUUAUGAAUGAGAAAAUUGCUAAAUGGAUAAAGGAGAAGAGGAGUUUUGAUGGAUAGCGGGGGUUUGGCAGGACCUCUAUUUUUCAAAUCAAACGGUGCCGUUCUCGUC